UUCCAGCAGUCCAAGAGGCUGCAAGGAAGCCUUGCACGGAGGGAGAUUAAGACCUGACUCCGGAGUUCAAUAUAUAAGUUGGAAAUCUUUCCUGGUUCCCUUGGAUUCCAAAGUAUCUUGUGUAGGAAGAGAGCUGAACGGCCUUUAGGAUACUUGGCCAGACGUCUUCUGAUUAGUAAAACAUGGGAGAUCCAUCCAUCCAUUUUGGAGCUGGAUUGGAAACUAGAGAGAAGAUAGAGGGACAAUGCUGUCAUUUCAGAAAAGUGCAGUUCCAGGAGGGGAAGAAUCCCCGAGAUGUUUGCAGUCAGCUUCACCGCCUUUGCCGUCAAUGGCUGCAGCCGGAAAGACACACGAAGGCUCAGAUUCUGGACUUGGUGCUCCUGGAGCAGUUCCUGGCUGUCCUUCCCCCGGAGAUGGAGAAAUGGGUGCGGGAGUGUGGAGCGGAGACCACUUCCCAGGCGGUGGCCCUGGCCGAAGGCUUUCUCCUGGCCCAGGAGUCGGAAAAGAUGCAGAAAUCCUUGGAAGCAAUAACUGAGUAUCCCGAAGGGAGGCAAGAUUCAUUCCAAUCUUCUCAAGAGCUGUUGUUGAGGGAGACCUUACACAAAGAUCAAAACCAGGAUACCACACCAGAGAGUAGAAAGCUGUCCCUGGAAUUUUUUGAACCACUGUAUCUUUGUGGUGGAGCUGAAGGAUUGGCUGAACCACUACUUCAGGGUGGUGUGUCUUUUGAGGAAGUGGCCGUGCAUUUCUCCAAGGAGGAGUGGUCUCAACUGGAUACUGACCAAAAAGCGCUCCAUGGAGAAGUCAUGCUGGAGAAUUCCAGGAAUCUGGCUUCUCUGGGCUAUAAUGGGCAGAAGAAUACGAAUUGUAAGGAGGAAUGCCAAGCGAUCCAUUCGAAAGAGGGGAAAGGGAAGCAAUAUCAAUGCAUAGAGUGUGGAAAGAUCUUUACUCAUAGCAGUAGUCUCCAUUCCCAUAAGAGGAUCCACACAGGAGAGAAGCCAUAUCAAUGCAUGGAGUGUGGAAAGACGUUUAGUAGGAAAAACGUUCUGAUUCAGCAUAAAACUAUCCACACAGAGGAGAAGUUAUAUCAAUGCAUGGUAUGUCGAAAGACCUUCUCUUAUCAUAACUCUUUUAUAAUCCAUCAAAGGAAUCACAAAGGAGAAAGGCCUUAUAAAUGCAUGGAGUGUGGAAAAACCUUUACUUGCAGUAGUAGUCUCAAUUCCCAUAAGAGGAUCCACACAGGAGUGAAACCAUAUCAAUGCAUGGAGUGUGGAAAAACCUUUCCUUGUAACAGUCGUCUUAAUUCCCAUAAGAGGAUCCACACAGGAGAGAAGCCACAUCAAUGCAAGGAAUGUGAAAAGACCUUUUCUUAUUAUAGCUCUCUUAUAAUCCAUCAAAGGAAUCACAAAGGAGAAAGACCUUACAAAUGCAUGGAGUGUGGAAAGGCUUUUAGUAGUAGUAGUCAUCUUGCCUCCCAUAAGAGGAUCCACACAGGAGAGAAACCCUAUGAAUGCAUGGAGUGUGGAAACACCUUCCGUUACUCUAAAUCUUUUAUAAGGCAUCAAAUGAAUCACAAAGGAGAAAGACCUUAUAAAUGCAUGGAGUGUGGAAAGAGCUUUACUUGUACCAGUCAUCUUAACACUCAUAAGAUGAUCCACAUAAUAGAGAAGCCAUAUCAAUGUGUGGAGUGUGGAAAGACCUUCUGUUAUAAUCGUUCUCUUAUAAUCCAUCAAAGGAUUCACAAAGGAGAAAGACCAUAUCAAUGCAUGGAGUGUAGAAAAACCUUUACUUGUACCAGUAGUCUUAAUUCCCACAAGAGGAUCCACACAAAAGAGAAACCAUAUCAAUGUGAGGAGUGUGGAAAGGUCUUUACUUGUACCAGUAGUCUUAAUUCCCACAAGAAAACACACACACCAGAGAAGUCAUAUCAAUGCAUGGAGUGCGGAAAGAGCUUUAGUACGAAGUAUGCUUUGAUUCACCAUAAAACUAUCCAUACAGAGGAGAAGCCAUAUCAAUGCAUGGAGUGUGGAAAGACUUUCUGUUAUUAUGACUCUCUUAUAAGACAUCAAAAGAAUCACAAAAAAGAAAGACCUUAUAAAUGCAUGGAGUGUGGAAAGAGCUUUAGUUGCAGCAGACAUCUUGAUUCCCACAAGAAGAUCCACUCAGGAGAGAAGCCAUAUAAAUGUGUAGAAUGUGGAAAGGGCUUUAGGUGGAAUUGUGCUCUUGCCGCCCAUAAAAGGAUCCACACAGGGGAAAGACCAUAUCAAUGCAUAGAGUGUGGAAAGACCUUUACUUGUGGCAGUAAUCUUAAUUCCCACAAGAGGAUUCACACGAAAGAGAAACCAUAUCAGUGUGAGGAAUGUGGAAAGAUCUUUACUCAUAGCAGUAGUCUUCAUUGCCACAAGAGGAUCCACACAGGAGAGAAGCCAUAUCAAUGCAUGGAGUGUGGAAAGAGCUUUAGUAGGAAAUACGCUCUUACCACACAUAAAAGGAUCCACACAGGGGAAAAACCAUAUCAAUAAAGGGAAGUGUGAGAAGUGGUUUCACAGAAAUCCGUGUUGUCCUCCGUGUAUGACUGCGAUUGAGCCCAAAAUUUCUGUUGCUAAGUAAGACAGUUAUUGAGUUUUCCCCACUUUAUGACCUUUUUUUGCCCCAUGUGAAUCGCUUUUGGUAAGUUAGUAAGUCUGUAGUGAAAUGAAUCUGGCUUCCCUAUUGACUUUGCUUGUCAGAAAGUCACAAAAGGGGAUCACAUGUCCCGG